ACCUUUUCUCAUUUGUAAAUACAGUAGUUAAUUUUUUUUGUUUAUAAUAAAUGUACAGUAGUUAAUCUAUCAUUAUAAAAAAAAAAAAAGUUAGUAAUUAAUUAAUAUUUAUUUAUGGGACUAAUUAAUACUUGGUCUGGGAGAAGUGUGUGUAUGAAUCACAUUCGGAUCAGAAACAAAAUCUGCUUCUUCUUCCUCCUUUCUCACCAUCUCCCAUGUUCAUAAUUUCAAAACUACAGUUAGCAUUCACAACAACAACAACGGACUGAGUAAUAACACACACACACACACACACACACACACACACACACAAACCAACCAGACACAUACAACAACAACAACAACAACAACAACAACAACAACAAAGUGUUGUUUGUUCUUGCGAUUCGUUUUGUGGAUAAAAUUCACCCUGAUUAAUUUCUCGUGAUUCCUAUUUUCUCUUCUCAACAACGAGAAGAAGAAGAAGAUUUGUAUUUGCUUAGCUGAAGGCAUAUUUCACCGAUGAUUUGUUCCACACAAAUUUGAAUGAUGUUGAAAUAACAAGCUUCGGUUAGUUUUUUGGCGUUUUUAUAUUGUUUGUAUCUGCAAAAUUAGGCGCUGAGGGAGCGUCUUGGUCAGAGAAUGUCCAGGCCUUUGUACAGAGGUGUGUCUGGGAUUCGGAUCCCUGAUAACAGCAUCGAUUCGUGGGACUCUCAAUCCAAAGAUAAAACAGAAAAAGAAGGUUCUGAUCCCUUACAAUUGAAGUCUCCCUUUAGGUUGCUUUUUGCAGAUAAUACUUCUCAUUCUAAAUAUGGUGUCACUGAGAAUGGUUUUUCGCCCGAUCCGUUCAUUCUUGGCACUCCUAGAAGUCGGCAUAAGUUGAUUCUUCUUUUCAUGAAGUUUAGUAUAGUACUUAUAGUUAUUCUUGCUCUUGCUGGAUCUUUUUGGUGGACAAUCUCAAUUUCAACUACAUCAAGAGGUCAAAUUUACCAUGGUUAUAGAAGACUUCAAGAGAAACUUGUAUCGGAUCUUGUGGAUAUCGGCGAGAUUUCUUAUGCUCCCUCAAAACAGAAAGAAUUAGAUUUCUGUUCUCAGGAGUUUGAAAACUAUGUUCCUUGUUUUAACGUUUCAGACAAUCUAGCACAGGGUUACUCUGAUGGCAGUGAGUUUGAUCGGCAAUGUGGCCGUGAACUUAGGCAAGAUUGUUUACUUCUCUCGCCAAUGACUUACAAAAUUCCUCUUCGGUGGCCAACUGGAAGGGAUGUUAUCUGGGUUUCUAAUGUUAAAAUCACUGCACAGGAAGUUCUUUCUUCUGGAAGUUUGACCAAGAGGAUGAUGAUGCUUGAUGAAGAGCAAAUUUCUUUUCGUUCUGCCUCUCUUAUGUUUGAUGGUGUUGAAGACUACUCACACCAAAUUGCAGAAAUGAUUGGACUCAGAAAUGAAUCUAACUUCAUACAAACAGGGGUUAGAACCAUUCUGGACAUUGGUUGUGGCUAUGGUAGCGUUGGAGCGCACCUCUUUCACAGUCAACUUUUAACUAUGUGCAUUGCAAACUAUGAGUCUUCUGGGAGUCAAGUUCAACUUACACUUGAGAGAGGUCUUCCUGCUAUGGUUGCUUCCUUCACCACAAAACAGUUGCCAUAUCCAUCUCUCUCGUAUGAUAUGCUACAUUGUGCUAGAUGUGGCAUAGAUUGGGACCAGAAAGAUGGAAUUCUCUUAAUUGAAGCUGAUCGACUCUUAAAGCCUGGGGGAUACUUUGUCUGGACUUCGCCACUUACAAAUGCUCGUAACAAAGACAGUCAGAAAAGGUGGAAGGUCAUACAUGAUUUUACAGAAAACCUUUGCUGGGAGAUGCUAUCACAGCAAGAUGAAACUGUCGUAUGGAAGAAAACUAGUAAAAGAAAAUGCUAUAGUUCAAGAAAGAAUGGUUCUCCUCCUCCUCCUUUAUGUAGUAGAGGCUAUGAUGUGGAGUCUCCGUAUUAUCGAGAACUGCAAAAUUGCAUAGGAGGAACACAUAGCAGCCGUUGGAUAUCUAUUGAAGAGAGGGCAACCUGGCCUUCAAGGGAUCACCCGAAAAAGAAUGAGCUUGCAAUACAUGGAUUGCAACCUGAUGAAUUUGCUGAGGACGCCGAAAGCUGGAAGACAGCAGUACGAAAUUAUUGGUCUCUUCUGUCACCUUUGAUAUUUUCCGAUCAUCCAAAGAGACCUGGUGAUGAGGAUCCUCCACCACCUUACAACAUGCUAAGAAACGUGCUAGACAUGAAUGCUCAUUUUGGUGGUUUUAAUUCUGCAUUGUUGCAAUCUGGAAAGUCUGUGUGGGUCAUGAAUGUGGUGCCGACGAGUGGACUCAAUUAUCUUCCCUUGAUCCAGGACCGUGGUUAUGUUGGCGUUUUGCAUGAUUGGUGUGAGGCAUUUCCAACAUAUCCUCGAACCUAUGACUUGGUACACGCCGCAGGGUUUUUAUCCAUUGAAGCUGCUCAGCAGCACAGAUGUACCAUGCUUGAUAUAUUCAUUGAAAUUGACAGGUUACUUCGUCCAGAGGGUUGGAUUAUAAUUCGAGACACAGUUCCUUUGAUAGAGUCAGCUAGAGCUUUAACAACUCGGCUGAAGUGGGAUGCAAGAGUUAUAGAAAUUGAAAGUGAUAGCGAUCAGAGACUACUGAUCUGCCAGAAGCCUUUCUUCAAGAGACAAGCAAAUUAAUUCAUUCAAGUCUCAAAGAAAUCAAACCAUAGUAUUCAUGUAUUCAUUUUCAUAACGUUCAUUUGUUAUCAUAAUGGUCCGCCAUAGAAAGUGGGGAUUGAAAAUUUUGGACAGAAAAGAGAGCCGGAAAAGACAAUAGAGGAAAGAAAGAGUAAAUGUUUGUCAGCAAUACGACCAAAACUCCUAUGUAACCGUAAGGUUUAUACAUAGGACCGUGUAAUUACCAAACGAAGAGCAGAACAGAUGAGGAACUAUACUGGUAGAUAUGAUUUUUCAUGUGAUGUCUGAAUACAGUUACACAGACUUAUGAUUAAGAUUCGAAAGAUUAUGAAAAAAUAAGUUAUUUCUGUUUGCUGUGAUGUAUAAAAUUCUCAAUGGUUAAUUCUCCCUAUUGCAAUAGAAGCAUUUUUCUGCCCUA